AUCUCGGCCAUUCACAUUUGCGCCCCACAAAAUAUUAGCGACCGUCAGGUGGCGCAGAGGACCAGAUGCGACGAGUUAAAAAAAAAAAAUUAACCGAUUUAUUUAUUUGCAUCACAAACGAGCGGCACUGAGGUCUCCUGUUCCUGCACUCCGGAUGGACAGACGCGUCUUUCUCGGCGGAAAGGCGAGCGCUCGUGCGUGCUGAGCUCGCACUGCACACUUGGCAGGAUUGUGAGUGAUGGAGUGGCUUUAUUUUCUGUGAUUCAAUCCUGCGCGCGUGCUCUGGAUCCUCUCCGGUCUUAAACAUGGAGCUGGCGGAGAGGAGACGCAGCCGGAAAUCACAGAGCUUUAAACUGAUCAGCGACUCAGACUAUGGACAUAAUUCUGACAGUGUGGAGCACAUGGACACGGACAGUGAACCUAUGGAUGCCUCUGAAAAUGAAACAUGGCUAGGUGAGGAAGGAAUGGAGAUUAAGAAGCAGAUUACGGGCAUGAUGCGGCUGCUGAGUGAUAAGGCAGGCCGGGUGUACCAGAGAGUUGGCAGAGAGGGGGAAACGCUUAAAGAGGAGCCACAAGAGGAGGGUUUGAGCUGGACUUUGGGUGACAAGCAAGGCCCUGAAGAGCCCGAGCAUGGCUGGAACUCAGUGUCCCACUGUCAGUAUGACACACGAUCCAAAACCCAGAAGAUGCUGGACCAGGGCAAAAGCAGAGACUCAGCUCUGCCGCCUGUGCCUGCCAGCAUGACGACAGAGUCCAGCUGCUGCAUGUGCAAUUGUAAGAGCACACUGCAGGCCAUCCUGCUGGAGUUACGCACAAUGAGAAAACUCAUGCAGACUCAGAGAGGCCUACCGGAGAAACAGCGUGCUGUGGCCAGCGCAUCUCCCACCUGCAGGAAGAGAUCUCGUAAGAGGAGGGCAGUGCAAAGAAUAAUAGCGUUGACCCCACCCACAAAAACUCCCACACCCCUACACACCCCCAUGGUGGCUGAAUCGUUUGAGAAGAUUUGCCAUGAAAAAAGUGAAAAUAAAGUGGAAGAAAAGAAACAGAGGGCUGUUCCAUCCCCUCUGUCAACACCUGUAUCUGAUCCUCCACCGUCAGCUCACUACUGUCUGAACAGAGAUCAGAACUGCACAGAGCUGGAGGUGCAGUUGGCAGAGGAAUAUGAAGUGUUCAUCCCGAAGGCGCAGCUGGACUCCAUCCUGCUGAACUACACACGCUCGGGCAGCCUGCUCUUCCGCAAGCUGGUGUGUGCCUUCUUCGAUGACGCCACUCUCGCUAACUCACUGCCCAACGGCAAGCGGAAGAGGGGUCUGAACGACCAGAGGAAAGGACUGGACCAGAACAUUGUGGGAGCCAUUAAAGUGUUCACAGAAAAAUACUGCACGGCAAACAGAAUCGAGAAGCUUCCUGGUCCACGAGACUGGGUCCAGAUCCUUCAAGACCAAAUCAAACUGGCUCGACGGCGCUUAAAAAGAGCGGAGACGACUACAGACUGUGAUGAGAUCAACAGGACAUGUACAUAUAAAACAGGUGCUGAUUGUCAGGUAGCUAUGGAAAAUGCUUAAGAUGACUCAUGGAGUUCAAGCAGUUUGGACUGCACCAUGUUCCAGUGAAGUUUAAAGUAUUAUCAAAGGCCUCAAGGUCAUUUUGUUCUUCGUGCAAGGGCUCAAUGGAUAUAGGCAGAAGAAAAUUGUGCCAUUUUGUUAAUCAAGGACUAGAUGAACUUGCUCAUUCAACAACAGAAACCUCCCUAACUCUCUGACUUCCCUACAUACACUAUAUUUUUAUGUUUCAAUACAAAUGCUUCUUGUUAAAUUGUGUGGUUUUAAAUGUGUGUGAAUGACUGAUUGUUGAUUGUUGAGUUGAUGGCUUAAUGUAUAAUGUGUUUUUACUUCCUUUACCUCAUUGAAGCACUUCACAAAACCAAGCUCUGAUGUUAAGAAAUUUAUGACUGUGUGCCUUUAAUUCAUUCUGCUGUAUGAAGUAAAUCCUCUGCGGUAGGGAUGCACCGAUCCAAAUUUAUCCUUUCACAAUAUGAGAUUGAUAUCAGAGCCAUGAGGUUUGGCUGACACCUGAUACUGAUUCGAUUGUGACAUCCUUUUAGUGACUGAGUCGACUCUGUAAGCUUGUGUUAUGUGAAACAUUAGAGGUGUGAUGGCGGGCUAAUUUAUGACAAGCUGUAUCCUGUGGUCAAGCACAAGAUCAGAAAAUAGUCAAUGGAUCAGAUUGGCAAAUAUUUCAACUCUGAUCUGAUACCAGUCCAGCAUUUUAGGUUAGUAUCAGCCCUGAUAUCAGUAAACGGUAUCGGAUUGGUACAUCCCUAACAUCCAACAGUAUUUUAAUGAACAUUUUACUCUAAACUAUAUUGUACCAUUUUCUGCUAGAGUUUGUAACAUCCUCUUUGCGCAGUAGACAGUGUAUCAGUACUGUAACCCCAAGAGCUGUGCCUACUGACUUGUGCUAAAUUUCUCCCGGUGUAAGAGGAUGUGUAUAUGUAAUGUGCACAAUUGUGUGAAUUAAGUCCCACAUCUUAGUCACAUGGAUUUACACUUCACUGGCUUAAAAUUCUUCAUUGUUUAUUGUACUGUGUGCACAGAUUGUCACAGAUUGUCAGAUGUCAAGUUGUUUAAAACUGUCAGAAAAAAAUAACUUUGACCAUUUUGUCUAAGGGUUUUAUUAUCUUUUUAACAUCUAUAAAGAAAAAAUAGAAAAGAAAAGGCAAACAGUAGUAAGUGCAUUGCUAGGAUAUUCACUAUCAGCAAACUGUGAAUAAGGAUCCUGGGAUGAACACAGGACAGUCUUUAUAAUUACAGCAGCAGUAAAAGUACAAAUCUACAGCAUACAACCAACAACAACAUUAAUAUAACAUUAACAGAUAAAGUAAAUAACACUAACAAGGUACAGAGACUUCAGUUCAGGUCUUUAAUUUGCUUAA